AUGGAGACGACUCUACCCCUCCCUUUCCUUAUCAGCGUUGCUGUGCUCCCAGGCCUGGCAGGGCCAGAGGGUCUGAGUCGGGACGAGAUCAGCCGCCUUGGUUCUGUCUUCGCCGAAGUCACUCCAGACAACCUGGACCAGACCCUGGCGUUCCUCAGCCAGCACAAUGUCGACUUUCUGCCGUUUCUGGAUGUGACUCGACUCGACUCCAGGGACGACGUCCUGUCUCUGCUCGAUGCCGGCGCACGGAAGGUCUUCGUCAAGCCCGAGCACCUUCCAGAAUACACUGAGUAUGGCUCAAGGGUAGCACCUGUCGUCACAAAAACCAGUGGCCUUGAGUCGGCCACCGAGCACGGGCUGCUCAUCUCAGACUUUGACCACUCCACGUGUGAGGUCGGCCCCUUUUUGGAGAAGGCGAAGUCGACCAAGGUCAAAAACCUCUUCAUCAAGCCCGUCGAGGGGGCAAUCCUCGAACACUUCAUAGAUGUCGCUGCCCAGUUGGGAGCCACUCCCAUCCUUCCCUCGACUGACCUGACCACCGCCAAAGAGGCCAGCGGCAAGCUAUCAGUGUCAAAGAUUUUGUGCUCUACCUGGAGCUCGGACCGGCCAGACAACCUCAUUCCGACUGUCGUUACGGAUGAGAAUGGCAUUGCUCUCGGCCUGGUCUACAGCAGCGAGGAGAGUGUCGGGGAGGCCCUGAGAACCCAGACUGGCGUGUACCAAAGCAGGAAGCGAGGCUUGUGGUACAAGGGAGCAAGCUCAGGAGAUACACAGGAGCUCGUGAGGAUCUCCUUGGAUUGCGACAGCGACGCCCUGAAGUUUGUCGUCAGGCAGAAGGGCCGUUUCUGCCACCUUGAGCAGUUCGGGUGCUUCGGGGAGCUCAAGGGGAUACCCAGGCUGGAGCAGACACUCAAGUCCAGGAAGGAAUCUGCGCCUGAGGGGUCCUACACAGCGCGUCUUUUCAAUGAUGAGAAGCUUCUGCGGGCCAAAAUUAUGGAGGAGGCCGAGGAGCUGUGCGAUGCCAAGUCGUCGCAGGAUGUUGCAUUCGAGGCGGCUGACCUCAUCUACUUUGCCCUCACCAAGGCUGUUGCGGCCGGCGUAGGUCUGGCAGACAUUGAGAGGAGCCUUGACGCCAAGAGCUGGAAGGUCAAGAGGCGCACAGGUGACGCGAAGGGCAAGUGGGCUGAGAAGGAGGGUAUCAAGCCUGUGAACGGCACUACCACAGCAGCUGUCACCGCCCCUGCCACCUCUAGUCCUGUGUCAUCCUCAGACCGGAUUUCCAUGAAACGUCACGACCUCUCUUCGCUAGCACCUGGCCAGCUUCAGCAAGUGCUAAAUAGACCAUCACAGAAGUCUGCCGACUCAAUCAUGAAGAUUGUCGUACCCAUUAUCGACGAUGUCAAGAAGAACGGCGACAAGGCACUUCUUUCUUACACUCAAAAAUUCGAAAAGGCUGCCUCUUUGACUUCCACAGUCAUCAAGGCCCCUUUCCCCGAGUCCCUCAUGCAGCUGCCCGCUGAGACUAUCAAGGCCAUCGACGUGUCUUUCGACAACAUCAAGAAGUUCCACGCCGCGCAACAAGAAGAAAAGCCUCUGCGCGUUGAGACCAUGCCCGGAGUAGUCUGCAGUCGCUUCUCAAGACCCAUCGAGCGCGUGGGUCUGUACGUGCCCGGUGGCACGGCUGUCCUGCCAUCCACAGCUCUCAUGCUUGGCGUUCCCGCCAUGGUCGCCGGCUGCAAGAAAAUCGUACUUGCCUCACCACCGCGCUCCGACGGCAGUGUCACCCCUGAAAUCGUCUACGCCGCACACAAGGUCGGCGCCGAGAGCAUCGUGCUGGCUGGUGGUGCCCAGGCUGUUGCGGCCAUGGCGUACGGCACCGAAAGCGUAAGCAAAGUGGACAAGAUCCUCGGCCCUGGUAACCAAUUCGUGACUGCGGCAAAGAUGUACGUCAGCAACGACACGAACGCCGGCGUGAGCAUCGACAUGCCCGCGGGUCCUUCGGAGGUCCUUGUCAUUGCCGAUAAGGAUGCCAAUCCUGCGUUUGUGGCGAGCGACCUGCUCAGCCAGGCUGAGCACGGCGUGGACAGCCAAGUGAUUCUCAUCGCGGUGGAUCUUGACGAUAAGGAACUGCAGGCUAUCGAGGACGAGCUGCACAAGCAGGCCAUGGCACUACCGAGAGUUGAGAUUGUGCGUGGGGCGAUCGCCCACUCGGUCACAAUCCAGGUCAAGACGAUCGAGCAGGCUAUGGAAGUCAGCAACGAGUAUGCACCAGAGCACUUGAUCCUGCAACUCAAGGAUGCGGAGAAGGUGUCGGAAUUGGUUAUGAAUGCUGGCAGUGUAUUCAUCGGCCAGUGGACGCCCGAGAGCGUGGGUGACUACUCUGCUGGUGUGAACCACUCUCUACCAACAUAUGGGUACGCCAAGCAGUACUCGGGUGUCAACCUCGGCUCCUUCAUCAAGCACAUUACCAGCGCGAACCUGACGGCGGAGGGCCUGCGGAACGUGGGCGGCGCCGUAAUGCAGCUGGCCAAGGUGGAGGAGCUUGAGGCCCACAGAAGGGCAGUUGGCAUUCGCAUUGAGCACAUGGACAAGUAG